AUGAGAACCGCUCUAAUCGUGGUCGACGUCCAAAACGACUUCUGCGAAGGGGGCGCGCUGGCUGUCCCUCGCGCCUCCCGGGCCAUCGCCAACAUCAAGGACCUCAUCGCCCGUUCGCGCUUCACCCUCACCGUCCACACCAGAGACUUCCAUCCUCCUGACCACAUAUCCUUCGCAGCCAACCAUAAAGGCGGACAGCCAUUCACCUCGAUCAAACACGACUCACUGGGGACCAUAGACCUCUGGCCAUAUGUGGUCAGCAAAGGGACCAACGCCAGUGAAGAGGCCUACAGCGGGUUCGGGACAGCUGCCUCUCCGACUGAGCUUGAUAGUCUGCUCCGGCAGCAUGCGAUCGAGCGGGUGGUAGUGGUGGGGCUGGCCUACGACUACUGCGUGGCUGCGACUGCGAGGGACGCGGCCCUGCUGGGCUUCAAGACAGUGAUCCUGGAGGACUGCAGCGCAGGAGUGAGUCCCGACCCAGCAAGCACCAGGCAGCAGCUGACGCAGCAAGGAGUCCUACACUCCAGCUGGUCCCACUUCUGUGAUUGCUAA